AUGGCUGCGACUACUUUAUUCUCAUGUGCGGACCCGGGUUGUGACAAAGAUAGCAAAUACUCGUGCAGUAACUGCAAGCUAGUCUCGUACUGUGAUAAACGCUGCCAGGUAGCGCACUGGCCAGAGCACAAAAUAAUCUGCAAGUCGAGUUUGAUGAAGGAUAAUUGGAGCCCAUGCUGGGAAAGAGAAAAACGGACGCCAUCAUUUUCAAGCCCAAAACUUGCAAGUAACCUUCAUAAUCCAUUUGGUAAAGGAAUAUAUCUGUGGGGCAACGUCCCGGCAAUUGAUGUUCUCAAUUUGGACCAGAAUGAAGGGAAUAACCUCUCUCGUGACGUUUACGCUACUUUUUGCUGGUAUGUUUGCCUUCUUCGUCCCAACAAAGGGAAUUGCGGCUCACAAUAUAAAGCAUCUGGUGAUCUGCGCAACGUGGUCAAAACCGUCUCCGAGCUUCCUCAGCUCUUCGCACAACGAAUCGAUUUGACUAUUAACGACCGGGAUUUUCACGUCGUUGCUAGGAACGCGAUAAUACUCCUGUUUUGCCUAACAGCGCUGGAGAUUACUUCAAUACCCCCUGGCGGUUUUGCCAAUGCUGAAUCUUUAAUUCACCUCUGGUACUCUGCCUCCUUACCAAAGAAUAUUACUACUCAGUUAGUAUCGCGUGUAAAACCGUUCUUUACUGAGGUUUGUGGACAAAUAACUGCUGAAGCCACUGGGGAGAUUGUGGAGAGGACCUGGAACUUUUCUCGUAAGAAAAGCCUGCGACUUGUUCUUAGAAAAGAGGAAUGGUACCGACUGGAGGCGCUCUGCGAAGUUCCUUCCGAUCUAACACAGCAGAAAGCUUUGCAUAUCCGGACGGCCACAACACUGGCUCCGGAGAGGCGAGACUUUCGAGAUCGAUGGUACUUCAAAGAUACCACACCAUCCGUACGUUUGUCGAAACAGAAGUUUCGUGAAGAUGGACUUCUUCUUCCAUUUGGAUAUGAUAGGGCCGAUUUCAGCAGCCCAAAUCCUACAUUCUAUUUUCCUCCAUUUGUCUGGCCAAUGGAUGACAAAGCCGACCCUUUAGAUGGGUGGCCGAUACGAGAAGUUGCCCGAGAGCAGACUAUGGCGAAGGAGGACCUAUACGGCAAACUUUAUAUUUACCUUCGGCGUGUUUUCCGAAGAUUCUUAGAUCGUCUUGCAAGGAUAGAGAUCAACCUUGAACUGCUUAAUACGGACGCGAUCCAGCUUCCUGAAACCCUUCAGGAGAACAAAUAUGCUAGAAUCGAGGUAUCGAAUAUCACUGAUGCCGGUUAUCUGGGUACACGAGAAACCUUGCGCCUAUUGUCCCCUUUGCUACAAUCUCCACAGGAAAAUCCUCAUGCCACCAUAAUUUCGGCGUACCUGAAUGCGGUCAUGGAGAUGGUCAAACAAGGCGACGACAGAGACCAAACGCCAAAUUUGAAUUUACUAAUGGAAUUUCUACCUGGUAUUGACAUCUUCUCCUUGCUACGACCGGAGAGUGCCCAGAGUCUAAAACUAUGGGAUGCGAGAACAAUUGUAAUUGACCGACACAAGUUUUUUGAGAGGUACAUCAGGAUGUUUCGAUUUGAUCGAAUAUCUGCCGAUCUGCAGGUCGCAAUGAAGGAUCUCCACACGGUUGUUGAGACAUGGCCCACAAAGCCAAUACUAGAACGGGGACAGCAAGGGUCUCAAGACGAAUUUAACAUCCUUCUGGGCUCGAACUAUACGUGCGUUGAACGAUUCGUGGAAUGGAGACGGAUGGAAUAG